CGGCGGAGGAUGCAGCGUAGCGGUGUGGGGCAGAGCCCGGCGGCGUCGCGGAGACCCGUGCUGAAAUGGCCACUGCCCCCCUUGGCUUCAACAUUGAUGCCCCACGCUGGGACCAGAGCACUUUUGUGGGGCGCUUGAAGCAUUUCCUCAACAUCACCGACCCGCGGACGGUGCUGGUGCCAGAGAAGGAGCUGGACCGGGCCAAGGCUCUGGUGGAAGCCUGCAGGGCUGGGCUGGUGCCGCCAGGAAGCAGCCAGGAGCAGCUGCUCUAUGCCAAGAAGCUGUACGACUCAGCCUUCCACCCUGACAGCGGCGAGAAGAUGAACCUCAUAGGGAGGAUGUCCUUCCAGGUGCCAGGGGGCAUGGCCCUCACCGGCUGUAUGCUCCAGUUCUACCGAACAGUGCCCGCCGUGGUUUUCUGGCAGUGGGUGAACCAGUCCUUCAAUGCCAUCGUCAACUACACCAACCGCAAUGCUGCUUCCCCCAUCUCACUGAGGCAAAUCGGGGUGGCUUACAUCACAGCCACCGGUACAGCCCUGGCCACUGCAGUGGGACUCAACCUCUACACCAAGCGAGCGCCCCCCUUGCUGGCCCGCUGGGUCCCCUUUGCAGCCGUGGCUGCUGCCAACUGUGUCAAUAUCCCCAUGAUGCGGCAACAGGAGAUCAUCAACGGGAUCACAGUGACAGACGGGGACAAUAACGAGCUCGGCUGCUCCAGGAGAGCAGCAGUGAAAGGCAUUGCACAGGUUGUGGUCUCCAGGAUCGCCAUGGCAGCGCCGGGAAUGAGUGAGUGCAGGGCAGGAGGGUGGGGGGCCAGACCAGGGGCUCCCCUGGGAACCACUACCUCAGCCUCCUCUGCUUCAGUUUCCCCCAGGAAGAAGAGGGAGGGUGGCCCUGCAUCCCAGGUGGUGUUUGGUUUCAUCUCACUGAUGGAGCUGCUCUCCCCAUGCUGCCAUUCCCAUCAGAGUCCCCUGAGCCCCCAGCCUUCCUCACCCCAACCCACAGCCCAUGGGGGACAUAGGGUACUCCCGCAGCAGUUGGGCUCCACAAGAAUGCCUCUCAUGCUCUCUGGCCUCUCUCCUCACAACCUGACAUCCCUCACCCUCAUGAGACCCUUUCCAUGCCGCAAGCCUGGCAGAAGGGAUCAGAGAGCAUAAGGAGCAUGGACCAUGCUGCUCGGAUAGGCCAGCAUGCCCAUGGACCU